UUCCAAGACCACACUGACAGUCCCAAGGGAAACAGAGGAGACACAGGGAGAGGGCAGGAUCCACCGGCUCUCACUCAGCACAUUUCACCAGAAAGACCCAGGAGUCCAGAAGAGGAGCCACCACUUACGACAUUGUCUCCUUUGCAAAGGAUCUAUCAAGACAACAUAUAUUAUACGAAUAUAUACAAAUAUUUUCCUCUUCCAGGGAAGGAGAGAAAGAGAAAAGAGACUGUGAUCUCCAGAAUGCGAUUGUGAUUUUUCGUGUAAUCAAUACUGUAAGAUAUCCCCAGGUCUUUCUGCCGGACUGUAACUCAGAGGACAGCUGAUCAGUUUGCGGCAUGUGUACUUCACCUGCGGGGAAGCCAGGCACCGGGCAGCAGCCCGUGCUGCGCUGAUAACCCUGCUCUGAUGCCAUUUUGGAUGUCCCAGUGAGAACUCUUAGAGAUGCCUAUUCUCUCCAGAGGCAGUGACCAAGACUAUAGUAACAUUAGCUACACUUCUUGUAAUUCCUUGAGCCACUUCUUUCCUGUCUCCGUUGAAACCCCUACUGUCAAAGGGGUCCAUUACCAAAGAGCCAGGAGGAUUUACCGUCCUGAUCAAGUCUCUGCGGUCGAUCUAAAAUCAGAGAUCAUGAUAAAUGUUGGAGGCAUGAAGUACCUGCUACCUUGGAGUACAUUAGAUGAAUUUCCCCUGACCAGACUGAGCAAACUUAAGUUUUGCAGCAGCUAUGAAGAAAUAAUUCAGCUGUGUGACGAUUAUGAUGAAGACACCCAUGAGUUCUUCUUUGACAGGAACCCCAAUGCUUUUGGGAUGAUUGUCAGCUUUCUAGCAGCAGGGAAGCUGAUGCUCUUAAGAGACAUGUGUGCCUUGUCUUUUCAGGAGGAGCUGAGAUACUGGGGGAUUGAGGAAUCCAACCUGGAGAACUGCUGCUUUCGAAAACUAUUUCAAAAACUGCAAGAGUUGGCUGAGGUACGCAAAGAAGAGGAGCUCCGGACGAGCAAAGAAGCUACAUGUGUCUUGGAUGAGAAAACCAAAUUUGGACAGUUUAUGAACAGACUCAGAGAUAUGGUAGAAAAUCCACGAUCAGGACUCCCAGGCAAAGUCUUUGCUUGUCUCUCCAUUCUUUUUGUGGCCACCACAGCUAUAAGCCUUUGUGUUAGCACAAUGCCAGACUUCAGAGCUGAAGAAGACAGGGGCGAGUGUUCCCAAAAGUGCUAUUAUGUCUUCGUCAUAGAGACCGUCUGCGUGGCUUGGUUUUCCCUGGAGUUCUGCCUCCGAUUCAUUCAGGCAAGGAGUAAGUGUCAGUUCUUCAAAGGACCCCUAAAUAUCAUUGACUUCGUGGCUAUUUCACCCUAUUAUGCUUCCCUCAUCUUCUCAGAUAAUGACUCAAGUGAGGAGGACGACAGGCCAAGCAGUAACACAUAUUUGGAGAAGGAAAAAGAAUUCACAGCUUGCAGGUUCUCAAAAGCUGGCUUCCCCUUGCUGUCUCGAUUAGAAUGCCUGAACUCAGAAUUUAAGAUGGAUCUACUUCAUUCUGGAAGAAAAGCGGGGUAGUGCUUAUAGACAUAAGCAUCAUGCAGCAAGACAAGCAUUUGUACAUUUGGGAGGCAGCUAGUUUCAAGUUAUCAAAUACAUCAAGCCAAACAGCGUGCGCUGAAGCAUUAUAUCUGCUGUCAAUGGAUAUAAAUGGCUUUAUUUUACAUAAUGAAAGUGCAAUUUGUAAAGCCAAUGUCUGGAACUCAAGACAGUGAAUUUAUCUUGUAAGCUACCUCAUUUUUGGCUGUGAAGCUAAAAACCAAACUGGAGAGGAUGGACGUCAAAGGCUGAGAUCCACUCAAAUUCCAGAGCAAGAACGCCACAACAGAUUAGACCUCAACUGUGUGACAGAAGAGAAAAACGCUUAAUGGUGUGUGAUAAUUCGGCACGUUUGUAGCUGGGAGUGUUACUUCAAUGUAACCUCAUCACUGUCUAGCUGCACAGAUGCCUGCCUCUUUCUUUCCUUUCCUUUUCUUUUCUUAGACACACAGGCAGUAACUCUGUCCUCCAGUGCAUAAAUAGGAUUUAGUCUCAGUCAGCAUGCAGAAGCAGAGAAAUACCAUUUGGAAAGGCUGAAUUAUCUCAAACACUUUUGAAUUACCCAAGCAAAAGCAUGAAGACUUGAUCUUAAAUUCAUCCUCAGAUGCAAGAGGCAGGCACUUCUCCUGGACACAUUCCUACCUACCCUGUCACUAGAAAAACUGGACCUUGUUCAACAGCUAUUGCAGAUAAUAAUCUAGCUAUUUGAAUUAAUACGUACUCACUCAGCCAGAACAGGCUUGGCAGUAAUCAUGACCUAGACCCAUAAUAGCACUUAAUGUCACCAGUCAUCUAAAUUUACUGUGAGAAAUGGAAUACUUCAGUAGAUCCCUAAUGAUUUCUAUUACGAAAGUAUAAAAGACAGAGAUUUAAAAAACCUAAAUCACAUAUCUUAAUGCUGUUUGAAUGAUAAUAGUUCUGCUGCCUCUUUGCCUGGCAGGCAGCGUGAGUAGCACAGAGUAGAACACAGCAAGCUCUCACUACAUUUAUUUUCUCUAACCCAUUUUAAUCAAGCAACGGUUAAUCUGGGAGACAUUCACAUUACAUCUGGUGCAGUAUCAGAAAGCAAAGAGGACUGUAGCUUGAUGAAGUUGGAAUCCACGCUUGCUCUGGACAGCAGGUAGUCUUUUAACAUGGAUUACUUUCAGCUUUUUAGUCUUUCAAAUUUUGUUCUCUUUUGAGUUCUGACUUAUCGAACAAUAUCUUUUUAGUAAUGGAAACUAAUUUUAACCACUCUGCUUCCUAAUCUCAUUGCAAUUGUAGCAUUUAAGAAUAAAAGGGUCUCAAAUUACAUUAAACCCUUGGAGACACGCUCCGGGAAAUGCUGUUUUAAGCACCAGAUAGCAACCUGAAGCAUAAAUUUGGAACAAUGGACUGUACUAACAUGGA